AUGGAGGAAGGCCGCGAGGAGCACCCGGACGGCGCCUUUCGUGAGGCGUGGGUAUCUGAGCUGUACAGCGCUCAGUCUGCAAUAUGCAGCGCGAUAGAGGCUUUGGAGGCAUCAGUAGCAGCAGAGCAGCAGCAGCAGCAGCGAGCGAAGCGUUUCGGUAACAGCCAAUGGGUGAGGGGCCCCGGCCAGGGGGGGGGCCUCACCCGCGUGCUGCAGGAGGGAGUUGUUUUCUCUAAGGCGGGGGUAAACGUCAGCGCUGUUGAGGGCUCACUGCCGAUGUCUGCUGCUCUCGCGAAGCGUUUCGGUAACAGCCAGUGGGUGAGGGGCCCCGGGCAGGGGGGGGGCCUCACCCGCGUGCUGCAGGAAGGUGUUGUUUUCUCUAAGGCGGGGGUAAACGUCAGCGCUGUUGAGGGCUCACUGCCGAUGUCUGCUGCUCUCUCUAUGUGUGGUGGCGGCCAGGAGAAAAUUCAGGAGUUGCUGCGUGACCUUAUGGCCCCCAAAACAGCAGCAGCAGGAGGAUCAGCUGCUGCAGCAGCAACAGCAGCAGCAGCAGCAGCAGCAGCAGGAGGAGGAGGAGGAGUGUUAGAGUGUGGCGGUGGCAGCGUUGCAUCUAUCUAUCACCAGCAUAUGUUAUAG